AUGUAUGGAUUUCGGUAUACAGGAAAGCAGGUGCGCCAAAAAUAUCAGCGAUUGAAAGCUGAUUACCAGACAUUUAAGCGACUCCAGGCACAGACUGGUCUGGGAUGGGAUCCCAUUGUAGGCACUGUUGUUACACCCGAUGAAUUUUGGGAUAAGGCUAGCAGAAAUGUGAAGAAGUUUAGGACCAAAGAAUUUGAAUAUUUUCAAGAAAUGACAGAAAUUGUUGAAAAUUGUUGUGCCACAGGGGCCUUGUCUCGUGCAUCCACACAAGGAGCCCUUGACUCAGAAGAAAAAGAUGACAUGUUAAAUAUAUUUUGGAACCCUAAUGUUUGUGGGAGUAAUGUUGGUGGGAGUAAUGCUACUGAGGCCAUUCCUGUUGACUUAUUCGGCGAUAAGUACAUGGAUCCAGCAAAGGGCAAAAGUCACAAGAGGGGCCCUACAACCAACCAGACUGACAGUGGUCGUUCCAAAAAGUCACGGUCAAGUGGUGAUGAUUAUUCCCUUGAUGCAUGUCAAGAUGCAUUACUAGAACUUAGGGACAUACCACCGGUGCAGUACAUUAGGGCACUGACACUGUUCAAGGAUAAGGAAUGGCGAAGAGAAAACCAUAUGUCAUCCGACAGAGAAAACAAUACAAUGAAGAUCUCAUCAGAGGAGGAUGAGGAUUAUGUCGGUGCUAUCGAUGGCACAUUGGUGGAUACAUGGGUCCCUGCUUCAAGACAAAAUACAUUCUGCGGUCGGAAAUCAACGGUAUCACAAAAUGUACUCGCAGCUUACGACUUCGAUAUGUUGUUCACAUUUAUUAAUUCUGCAUGGGAAGGUAGCGCUCACGACAACGCUAUUUUGGUUGACUCUAUUACACGAGCUGAUCAACAGUUUCCACACCCACCCAAUGGUAAGUACUAUUUAGUUGAUGCUGGUUUCACGAACAUGCCUGGAUUUCUUGCCCCAUUUCGGUCUCAACGGUAUCACUUGCAAGAGUUUCGUGGCCGUCGUUAUGCAGAACCUAAGGAAUUGUUUAACCAUCGACAUUUGUCGUUACUCAAUGUCAUAGAAAGAACAUUUGGUGUUUUGAAGAAGCGCUUCCCAAUAUUGCGGUCCAUGCCAAAUUAUAAGUCUACAAGACAAGGGCCUCUCAUGAUUGCAUGUUGUGUAGUGCACAAUUGGAUCCGUUGGCAUGCAGCUAUGGACCCAUUCUUUAUGGAAGCUGAUAAUGAAAUGGCCGCAGAAGCAGAAGCAGACGGGCUUGUUGGAGACCAAGCUGACUUUGUUGACAUGUCACAACAUGGGUUAACGUACCAAUCGAACGUUAGGGAUGCAAUUGCUACUGCUAUGUGGAUAACUAAUACUGCGGACAACGAUUGGGCUAAAUUCCAAUGA